GCGGCGCCGUUGGCGGUUGCAGCACCCCCGGCAGUAGAGUGGAUCCUUGGUGGAAUCCCGGCACCUUCUGCCCCUCGGUCUCUCCCCCGGGAGCGCCUCCUCCGCGGAUCGACGAGGGGCCACUGCCUCCGCCGCUCGACGACAUCUACAACUACCAUCAUCAUCAGCAGUCACACCAGCAGCAACACCAGCAACAUCAUCAACAACGCACCCAACAGCAAAACAACGGAUACGCAAGUACGAACAGCACGUCGUCGACGGCGAGCCUCGGUUACGUCGAUUCCACAGCGGCUGCCAGUACUAACGAUGGCAGUUACGGAUUGAUAACCAGUAGUUUGCAACAGCAACAACAGUCCCCAGCAUCGUCAUCGACGACGAUACCAGCGUCGCCCGACUCCUUAAACGGUAUUUUAUCGUCGUUCAAUCCCGGUAGGAUCAAGCAAGAGGUGGACGACGAGCACCGCGGUACCGCCACGUCGUCGAGUAAUAACAAUAACAAUUUCAGUCCGUCAUUACUGAGUUCGUUGUUGUCGUCGUCGCGGAUAUCCAAACAACAGUACAACAGCAGCAGUAACAGUAACAACAGUAACGCAGCGAGGAGAGAAGAAACUGGUACAAGGAGUCCAGACAUGAAAUUUGAGACAGCCCAAAGUGGCCCACCUACAACCCCGUCCCAUCUUUCAACCGAGCCAGCUCACAGUAACCAAGGUAACAAUCAAGCCGGCAUCGUAGUUGGUGGUUCACCCACUGAAGUCGUAGGUGUUGACAGCAUGUUGCUUUCACCGUGGGGUACAGCUGGUACUGAGUUUCUCGAAGCUCACGAUGCAAAACAAGCAACCGCAGGCUUGGAAGAUGCUUGGGAUACGUUGUUACUCGGUUCAUCGGUUGGCGUCACAACGCCACAGUCCUUGGCGGAACUCAAACCCUUACCACCGUUUACCGGUUACACAGGUCACCUGAGUAUCAACGGAAUACCAGGUCACCAUUAUCACACGAUCGCAUCGUCAGCGCAACAGCGACCAACAAUGCAGUCGACUUCACCGUCACCAUCGUCCAAUCAGGAGUACUAUGAGUCCUCAGUGGUGUCGUCGAGCACACCGUGUCCACAGCCAACGCAAAAACCAACUCAGCAGCAGCAAAUGCCACAAGGCACUCAGCAAACCGUUGACUACAUCAACAAUAUCGAGGAUCUUGCGGAGAUUAUUGGUUCAGCUAUGGCGGAUACGACUGUACCGGGAAGUGGCAAUGGCCCACCUGGCAACAAUAAUGCAGGGAACAAUGGACCUUCAUCGGAACACGAUACCGAAGUGUCACCGCGUGAUUGGAUCGACAUUGCCGAGUGGAUCGAUACGGCUUGUUCGCCCAAGACUCAAGAGACCAGUUCUUCGAGUCCGUACUCGCAGAUUUACUCAGCAACACCAUCGAACAAUCCACCGCCACCUCAACAGCAACACAGUUCCACGUUGCAGAAUUUAUUGACUCAUGGUUUUUCGCCCAUGUUGCAACAGAGGUUGCAAGCUUCGUGUGGCGAAACACCGUCGUCGACGAGUCCCUAUCCACCGGUCAGUCCACCUGGUCGCGUGUCCACCUCCUGUAGUCCAGAGUUGCAUUCGUCUUUCGUAGCUCCACAGCAUCCGAGAAAGAGGUCGAGACCAUCGGGCGGCGGAGGCUCGCAUAGUCCUUCGAAAAAGAGUCCUGGCGCGGCGACGACGACCCUACCUUACGGUACGGAAUCUGGUUUGAUCGGUGGCAAGGAAAAACCAGUUCACAGAUGUUCGAUUUGUAAUCGAGGCUUUCUUAAUAAGAGCAACAUCAAGGUACAUCUUAGGACGCACACUGGUGAGAAACCAUUUAGGUGCGAUGUGUGUGGUAAGGCUUUCCGACAGAAAGCUCAUCUUAUCAAACACCAGCAGAUUCACAAGAGAAUCGGCAGGGAUUAAUGCUCUGGACAAUCCUGAUAAUGAAAAACGGAGUAAAAAUACCCUUAUACGGAUGAGGAUCGAAUAAUGACGGUAUUAUUUUGUAAACGCUGGGUGUGAAAACCUUGCGUUGUACAACAGGGCUGCGCUCUCUACAUGGAGAAACUCCCAUGUUGAGAAUAAAGAAAAAACCUUGAGAACAAAAUAUUACAAAAAUAGCUCACAGACACACUACAUAUAACUUCGAUAAUUGUGAUGAAGAUGAAACUGAAAACAAUGAUGAAGAUGACAUCGACAGACGCCUGCAGAUCGAUCUCAGAGAUUGUGUACCACGGAUUUUGUUGUCGUUGAUGAGCAGCUAAAGGAGCAACAUGGCAGAUCACGAUGGAACCAGUUGUCUCUACAUGAAGUAUAUGCGCGUGACGAUGGCUGCUAUUCAACUUCUACUUACGCAAUGCAUACGUACCUUAAUCAAUAUUAAUUGCGCUGUUUUUUUUUUUUAAUUCUUCUACAUCAUUUUUUUCUUUUUAAGGUUACCCUCGAAUUUACGUUUGACAUUGUGUUCGCCUCUAGAUAGCUAGAUGGCGCUUUACAAACUCGCUGUAUUUUCUUUCGCGUAAAUUCGACGGUGGCAAUCUACUCUCUAAGCUAUGUUAUUUUGUAUCUUUAAUUCUUUCUCCUCUUUCUCCGUACUCUAAUUUUUAUCUUCCUUUUUUAGCUCUUUAUUUGUUAUUUAUUCGCAAGUGCGUUGUAAUAUAGUCUGCCUAUGUAAAACUUUCUAUUUCUCUCUCUCUCUCUUUCUCUGUCUAUUCCAAUGUUUCUCUUAGCGAAUUUUUUGAAGCCCGUUGUUGUACAUUGUACUCACGUUUCUUGAGAAAAAAUGUAGUUCGACUUGGAUAUACACAUGCAAAAAAAGAAACAUGAUUAUACAUACUCGCGCUGCCUCAGAUUUAUGUGUAAUAUAGAUAGAAUAUACAUAUGUGUGCGCAUAUACAUAUAUAGAGAGAGAAAAUGAGGAUCACGACUCCGUGUUGAGGAUCGAACCUUUUACUUCUUCCGUCCAAACUAUGUGUGCUCUCCGCAGUCGGCAGACACACACACACAUAUAUACACGCAUUCAGCGAAAUGUAGGUCAUUAUAAAUUGUAGGCCAACACAUACGGAUUUUCAAUCGAUCAAGAUUUCAGCGUCAAAUCGGCAAAGCGAAAUUUUCUUUUCUUUCGUUGAUAUGGCCCGCGAAAGGUGACGAAUUUUUUGGUAAUUUAGCGAUAUAAGCGGAAAUAUUUAUAAACGCAUCGAGAGCUUGAACUAGUUUUCGCACGUGUGCGUGGAUAUGUAGUUUCGAUCCAAAUUACUUUUGUUAUUUAAAAGAAAAAGGUUGGUUUCACGUUGCCGUUCGCCGUCCGUUCAUUAAGUCGACCAAUUUUUUAUUUUUCUCCUUUUGUAUAAAGUCUCAAAAAGAUUGAGAGAGAUGACAAAUAAUAAAGAAAGAAACCUCGAGAUACUUUAUAUAUAUAUAUAUACAUAUAUGUAUAUAUGAAAAUAUUGAUGUUUAAUUAAAAACGAAAAUGAACGAUUUUCUUGAUUGUUACCGUAGAACAACCUGAUCGUGAUUUUUUCCUCCCACCCUCUUACCAAUUUCCCCUCUCUACUCAAAACAUGUAUAAAUUAAAGCUAGAUCAAUUGUAUGAGUGAUAUUAAGAUUUUAAGCGCAUGUAUGUUUGUUUUUUA